AUGCCGCCUCCUCGGGUCUCGGGCUUUGCGACGGGCGGAGGGAGAGCUCCACCGGGGAUUUCUCCUUCUGCUCAAGCUGCUGCCGCCGGCAUCCUGAGUAGGGCUGCGGAAAGUCCUCAUCCCGUGUCUGCGGUCCCUCGUCCGCCGCCCAGUCCAGCUCGAAGCGGUUUCGCGAGCGCGACGGGUCGGGCGCCCCCUCCCAUCUCGGCUGCUGCUGCAUCAGCCAGUCACGCGCUACUUCGACAAGCAGACUCAGCCAUCCCCGGCAGCUCAACCCCCACUCGCACCUCUGGACCGAGAGCUUCGAUAUCCGCUUCCUCUCCUCGUCCAUCGGGCUUUGCCACUGCCACUGGCCAAGCCCCUCCGCCUAUCUCCGCCUCAGCUGCUUCUGCGAGCCGAAAGCUCUUUGAGCAGGCAGAGGCGGUCAUCCCCACCUUACGGUCAUCCGGCCUCCCCACCCACAGCGGUCAUACCCCUCCUCACAUACCGGACCUCUUGGCCUCAGAGGUACCGUUCAGUCAAGAGUCCGGUCAUUCUGCUUUUGACGACGACGCCUUCAAUGCGCCUGCUCCUGAUCCCGGCACGGGCAACUACUCGCUAGGUUUCCAGACUGGACGGGGCGCAGUCGUCGCUGCGCCGAGCGAUGCAGCUCGGGCCAAGGCGAUGGCGAUGUUUGAUAGUCCUGCUCCCGCGGGCGAUCAGGCCGAUACGCACCAGACGCCAGUGCGACAGGCACCCCCACUACCGUUCGCACCGCCCAAGUCAACCUUGCAAGCUCCAUCGGGCUUUGCUACUGGUGCAGGCCGGGCUGUCGCAGGCCCAAGCCAGGCUGCGAGAGCAAAGGUCGGAUCGAUCUUUACGGACGAUCCUGCUCGGACCGGUACACCACAGAACUCUUCGCAAGCCUUCAUCACCCCUCGGCUCGCCACUCAGUCCCGGCAAUCGGCGACGGGGCAGGCUUUCCGGACACCUCUGCGAACCACGACGAAUACUCCCUCGGCUAUGGCAGCGCCUUCCACGCCUGCAGCUCUUACCGGCUCGCCCGCUCCCCGCAAGUUCAAACCUAUCGAGCUCGGAACUCCAGGACUGCUUCGUCGGCGGGUCGGUCUCGCCAUCACGCCGAGUCAGCUGGGCAAGACGAGGACUGGCUUCUCUACGCCUUUCAAAACGGGUGUCAGCGCUUCACCGGCUCUGCCGAGGACGUCCAUGCAGCCUGCACCUACUCCUGCGCCUGUAGCUCCGGUGGUUCAAUCCGUCUUUGACCUGACUAUCCCGUCCGAUCGCCAGUCAUACAGCAAUGCCUGGCUCAAGCCACAGUAUCACUCUAUCCCUGAGCUAGUGGAGCUCGGCAUUCCCGACGAGAUCUACCUUAUGGAGCUGCGCUUUGCCAAGGCGUAUCGCUUCGUCGCGGACGACGGCAGCGAUCUCGGUCCCGCCGAGGCAUACACCAAAGUCAAGGCUGCAGGUUGUACUUACGCCACCCAAGCCUGGGUCACGAAUCAUUGGUCGAUGAUCUUGUGGAAGCUCGCCGGGACCAUUCAAGCCCAGUAUGAGUUCUUUGAGCGACUCUGGCGGUGGGAGGAGGUGAUCAAUCAGCUGCUAUACAGAUAUGAGCGAGAGUACGGACGAGCGGAACGGCCCAUCAUCCGUCGUAUACACGAGCACGACUCUUCGCCUAGUCUGCCCCUCGUGCUUGUCGUUACGGCCAUCGUUCGGCCGCCACCAGAGUACAAGGAAGAGGGCGACAAGGACGACCCGGCGCCGAUUCGGCCGUUCUUGGAGCUCACGGAUGGGUGGUAUCAGAUCUCGGCGCAGGUGGAUGACUGUCUCGCUCGAGCAAUCAACAAAGGGAAGAUCAAGGUUGGGAGGAAGCUAGCUGUGACUGGGGCGAAGCUCGAAUCCAGCGGAGAAGGCGUCGACCCGCUCGAAAGCCUCGACAAGACGCUGCUAUCCAUUACGGGUAACUCGACGCAGCUAGCCCGAUGGGAUGCCAAACUUGGACGGCAGAGCGAGCCAUUCGUAUCGGGUCUAUCGAGUCUCAGUGUCGACGGAGGCGUCAUCAGUCUAAUGGAUGUGGUGAUUGAAAAGAUGUUUCCGGUGGCGUAUACCACGGCGGAUAAGGGAAACAAGGAGGCGCCGUGGGGCGAAGAGGAAGAGCGGCAGCGUCAGGACGCUUGGACGGAAAAAUACUCUGCAGAGUCGACCAGGCUUCAAGGCGAAAUGCGCAAACAGCUUGAACUGAUUGAGGAUAUGGUGGGCGCUUUAUGUUCGGCCGCAGAGGGCGUCGAGGGCGGUCAUGGCGGAGGUGAGUCAAACUCCUGGGCAGAGCUGACCAUAGGCUAUCCUUCCGACAAUGUCGACCAGAUCUUUGAUUCGCUGCUCGAAGCGAAAUCUAUCGAUUCAAGAUUGCGGACUAUGGCGUCCUCGACACUGCUUCAUGUGGCCGCUUAUGGGCGGACCUACUUUGAGCGGGAGGCGUCGAAUGGGUAUCUAGAGGUGGAAGCGGAGCUUCAGGUCCUAUGCCCACCUCGACAAGUCAGGGACUUUCGGAUCAUCCGGUUCAGGGAUGCCAGGCGUGGAGAGAAGGCGCCAUGCCGAGUGGGAAUGUUGAAUGUUUGGGAUGUCAAGGCGCUGGGCGAGGGCGCACUGGAAGAGGGCAAGAGAUAUAUGGUCGCGAAUCUCAUGCCUGGCCGUGCGGGGGACUGGCGGACACCUCAACCUCGACCCGAUGGAUCCAAAGCCGAGAUCUACUUUCACACGCGCAAGGACACGCGAUGGCAGGCGAUCGAUAUCUGA